CAUUCUCUCUCCCUCUCCCAACAUGGCGGCCUCAGCAAAAAAGAAGAAUAAGAAGGGGAAGACUAUCUCCCUGAUGGACUUUCUGGCUGAGGAUGGGGACACUGGUGGAGGAAGCACCUACGUCCCCAAGCCAGUCAGCUGGGCUGAUGAAACGGACGACCUAGAAGGAGAUGUUUCCACCACUUGGCACAGCAACGAUGACGGCGCCUACAGGGUGCCCCCAAUUGACCGUUCCAUCCUUCCCACUGCUCCACGGGCUGCUCGGGAACCCAAUAUCGACCGGAGCCGUCUUCCCAAAUCACCACCCUACACUGCUUUUCUAGGGAACCUGCCCUAUGAUGUAACAGAAGACUCCAUUAAGGAAUUCUUUAGGGGAUUAAAUAUUAGUGCCGUGCAUUUACCACGUGAACCCAUCAAUCCAGAGAGGCUGAAAGGUUUUGGUUAUGCUGAGUUUGAAGACCUGGACUCCCUGCUCAGUUCCCUGAGUCUCAAUGAAGAGUCUUUAGGUAACAGGAGAAUUCGAGUGGAUGUUGCUGACCAAGCACAGGAUAAAGACAGGGACGAUCGUUCCUUUGGCCGAGACAGAAAUCGGGACUCCGACAAAACAGACACGGACUGGAGGGCCCGUCCCGCCACGGACAGCUUUGAUGACUACCCUCCUCGGAGAGGGGACGAUAGCUUCGGAGACAAGUAUCGGGAUCUUUACGAUUCAGACCGGUAUCGGGAUGUGUACCGGGACGGGUAUCGGGAUGGCCCACGCCGGAACACGGAUCGAUACGGGGGUCGGGAUCGCUGUGACGACCGGGGCAGCCGGGGCUACGAUCGGGGCUAUGACUCCAGGCUAGGCAGUGGCAGAAGAGCGUUUGGUAGUGGGUACCGCAGGGAUGACGACUACAGGGGAGGCGGGGACCGCUAUGAAGACCGCUAUGAGGACGACCGGCCGUGGGGCUCCAGAGACGAUUACUCCCGGGACGACUACAGGCGGGAGGACAGAGGUCCCCCCCAGAAACCCAAACUGAACCUGAAGCCUCGGAGUACGCCUAAGGAAGACGACUCCUCUGCUGGCACCUCGCAGUCCAGUCGGGCGGCUUCUCUCUUUGGAGGGGCAAAGCCUGUCGACACAGCUGCUAGAGAGAGAGAAGUCGAGGAGCGGCUGCAGAAGGAGCAGGAGAAACUGCAGCGCCAGCUGGACGAGCCCAAGCUGGAGCGGCGGCCCCGGGAGAGACACCCAAGCUGGCGAAGUGAAGAAACUCAGGGACAUGAGCGGUCAAGGACAGAAAGUGAGUCAUCACAGACUGGGACUGCAGCCGCUUCUGGCAGAAAUGCACGGAGGAUGGAGAGUGAGAAGUCUCUAGACAACAAGACCCUCAGUAAGGAGGAGGACUGUCACUCUCCAACUUCUAAGCCUCCCAAACCCCAUCAGCCUCUAAAGGUAAUGCCAGCCCCUCCACCAAAGGAGAAUGCUUGGGUGAAGCGAAGUUCUAACCCUCCUGCUCGGUCCCAGAGCUCAGACACAGAGCAGCAGUCCCCGACCAGUGGUGGCGGGAAAGCAGCCCCCACUCAGCCAGCCGAGGAGGGACCAGGAAGGAAAGAUGAGAACAAAAUGGAUGGGAUGAGUGGACCCAGAAGCCCGGCCGAGACCUCCGGCCGUGGUCCAGGAGAGGGCGGGAGCAGAGAGCACUGGAAGGAGUCAGACAGGAAAGAUGGCAAAAAGGAACAAGACGCCAGAUCUACACCUGAGCCAAAGAAACCUGAAGAAAGUCCAGCCUCCAACUUCAGUUGCAAGUACGCUGCUCUCUCCGUGGACGGUGAAGACGAGAACGAGGGGGAGGACGACGCUGAGUAGCCCUCGUGCCCCGUGCGCUCCUCACCUCCACCCCGGGACACUCAAGAGCAAGUCAAACCUCUAUCCAGCGAGACACAAUAAAACUCACCAUCUCCUGGAGACCUUUCUUA